UCUGGCGUUACGUUAAAACACCCAAGCUAAUGAAGCUAAUGAAGUCCCUAGAUGGCGUUCAAGAAAUAACUUCAGCGUAUGUAGACGAAGCUAUAGAGCGUCUAGAGAAAGAGGCCAAGGAGGGUGUUGUCCGCCCUGAGAGCGAGCAGAGUGUACUGGAAAAGCUGCUCAAGAUCGACAAAAAGGUGGCGACGGUUAUGGCCAUGGACAUGCUAAUGGCCGGAGUGGAUACCACCUCAAGUACCUUUACAGCGGCCUUGCUGUGCCUUGCCAAGAAUCCGGAGAAGCAGGACGUCUCCGAGAAGAGGUGAUGAAGGUUCUACCCG